CAACAGCUGGAGGCACCCUGGUUGGGAAACACUGGUCUACGGUGUCAUCUCUAUUACUUUGGAGGUGUGGGCGGGGCCAUGACGUCACCGAGCUGCUGAGCGGGAACACAAAGUUGUCGUUGUCAUGGCGGGAUAGAGCGGUGCGGAGGAGCCCUCUUCUCUAUGAUCCCGGCGGAGUAAACAAGGCGGACGAGGCUUUAGAGGCGCCAUGAAGCUGCAGUGUGAGGUGGAAGUGAUCAACCGGAUGCUCCCGACAUUCGGUAUGAGGAAUAGAGGGAGAGGGACCCGGGCUGUGCUGUCUGUGGGGAGGCAGGAGGAGAAGAAGGGCUCCGGCCAGCGGGGACCCAUCUACCUGAUGAUCUGUACCAUCAAAGACAAGGCAGGCUCCAGAUACAAGGUGAGUCAGAACAUUGAGAAUUUGUUUUCCAAGUUUGUAAAUGAAGGAAGCACAAUACGACUUAGAGAGCCGGCGGUGGAUAUAUGUCUUAGCAAGGCUGAUAUCAGCAACCUGAGGAACUUUAUUUCUGCAGUGGGUUUAGCACACAAGGGCACCGAUGCCAGCCCUGUGCCCCUGUUACGUCUUACACCCGCCAAGACCUCCGAAAUAGAAAAACCCAAAGCCAGAAUGAUCAUUACAUGCAAGAAAGACUAUCCCCUCACAAAGAGCUUCCCUUACUCACUGGAGCAGCUUCAGGUCUCCUACUGCAAGCUGGCUCGGGUGGACAUGCGGAUGCUAUGCUUAAAGAAACUUCAGAGACUCGAUCUCAGCAAUAACCAUAUCAAGAAGCUGCCAAAGACCAUAGGUGACCUGGUGUGUCUCCAGGAGCUGGUCCUGCACAGUAACUUUCUGGAGACAUUCGAGGUAGAGCUCUGUAACUCCUCCUUGAGGAACUCUCUGAAGUCUUUGGACUUGAGCGAAAACAAACUAACAGCUCUUCCUUUCCAGUUCUGCAAUUUCAGAGAACUUGUCAAUCUGAAGCUGGAUGGCAAUGAACUGGUGCGGUUGCCAUUUGCCAUCGGCAGGCUGAGUAAACUGCGCUUCCUUUCUGCCGCCAAAAAUAAACUUCCACAUCUUCCCAACAGCUUCAAGAUGUUAGUGCUGGAGAAGCUAGAUAUGUUUGAUAAUCCCUUUGCUAAAGGGAAUCCAAUGGCUCCUGACAUCCAGCUGAAGAUUCCGCUUACAUUACUGGAGACUGCUUCAAGGGCAACUCUUGGCUACAGAAUCCCAUAUGGACCACAAGUGAUCCCCCAGAACCUCUGCCAAGAUCUAUCCGUGGCUAAAACAUGCGACUGUGGCGGGCCGUGCUUGUCUUCCUUCAUCCAGACGACUGUUGAAAUGAAUCUGCACCAGGUGUCUCAGACCGUGGUCCUUGUGGACUCUAUGGGGGGGACCGAGGCCCCCAUCAUCUGUUACUUCUGCUCUCUCACCUGCUACUCAAUGUUCCUCGAUAAAUACCUGCAGAGCACCAGGGUGUGAUGUGCGGGCCUGGCCUCUCCUGCUGUCGCAAUCUGCUCCCCGAGCAUUGACAUUGCCGAGCCUUAUGUCUUGGCCGUGUCCCCGAUUUAUAAUAAAUAUACAAGCUGCCAUAGUAGGGAUUCAGAACACUAGCUGCACAGUGCAGUGUUUUGUAACCCCACUGGUGUGGUACUACAGUUCCCAGCAUGUCAGGACGGCUACAUGUCAUGCUAGGAGUUGUAGCUUACUAACAGCGUCCUGUAAUUUUAUACAUUUUGGGUUUUCAUUAGGUUACUGAGAACAGUUUUUACAUAAAACAACAAAUGGUGAUGUAAUACGGCAGUGGUCUCCAAUCUGUGGACCUCUAGCCGUUGCAAAACUACAACUCCCAGCAUGCCUGGACAGCCAACGGCUGUCCGGGCAUGCUGGGAGUUGUAGUUUUGCAACAGCUGGAGGUCAACAGUUUUGAGAUCUAGCCUCUAAUAGUGGGGGAGA